AUGAUCAGAUUCGACCAGAACUUCCUGAGGGAGCAGCUGAUGGUGCAAGAGGCGCUCCGACUCGCCUCGGAAAAGUCGUCCAGCAAGACGUCUGAUAAAGGCAAUCGCACCGCUCGAAGCAACCACGUGAAGAGUCGUUCCGCCGGAUCUAAUCGCGGCUGCCCGCUCUGCAAGGAAGAACAUUACCUUGCGUGUUGCGACCAAUAUAAGAAGUCCGCCCAGGAACGGCGGGAGGUAGUGAACACUCACCAGCGCUGCUGGAAUUGUCUGGGCCGCCAUCUCGUCGGAGAGUGUCCAUCCUCCAAGAACUGCAGCAAGUGCUCCGGUCGCCACCACUCCACUCUACACGACGCAUUUGGAAACCCCUCGGCACUCGCUAUCCAGAAUUCUUCGCCGACCGUGCACGUUGCCGAACGUUCAGCCGCGGAGUGUUCAUCGGUCUUGUUGGCGACGACCCGUGUUUACGUGACAGACCAUUUUGGCGAACACCACAUAAUGCGUGCCCUUGUGGAUCCAGGUUCCGAAACUUGUUUGAUGGUAGAGUCCUUCGCGCAGCGGCUACGCCUGCCACAAACUCCGACCUCCGUCUCCAUUUUCGGUGUCGGGGGAGUCCAGACGGGAUUCUCCCGAGGUCGCGUUACCGUUGCGCUGUCCUCGCGCGCGGGACAAUUCGCGUGCAACCUGAUCGCGCUCGUUUUAUCGCGCCUCUCCGCGUAUAGCGGGACCGCGAGCGGCGGCGCCCAUUGCUGGCCUCACGUGCGGGACCUCGAGUUAGCGGAUCCUGAGUUCUUCCGUCGGGAUCCAGUGGAACUUCUUCUCGGUGCUGACGCUUACGCCGACGUUGUCCUUCUCGACCUGCGACAGGAAGAGCCAGAAGAACCGACACAGCGGACUCGCCUCGGGUGGAUUAUUCUGGGAGCUAUCGGCACUAGCUGCCAUGCUGCGGCCUCUACAACCUCGCUCCAGUGCUCCGUCGAGGACGACCUCCCGACUCUAGUGCGUUGUUUUUAA